CCAUUUCGAACAGUUCAAACACAACAGUGGUUCGUUGUAACAGAUACGCUAACAACGCGAAAGUGACAGUGUCGAACGUUUAUUUCCUAUACUAUGAGGCGUGAUUUUAAAAUUUUGUUUCACUAAAGAAGAAAGAAACGGAAAAUUAUUUCACCAGUUUGAAUAACACGUAACGAUCUACGAUGAAUGUGUUAGCUUUAUCGUACCUCAUGGUACAGGCAGUUACCAUUUGUGCAUGGUCGAUACAGGAGCCAAUUUUCAUAUACCAGAAUGAAAAAGGGAAUAGGAAAGUAAUGUGCGUAUCAGAGGAUGAUGGUAGCGCUUUAUCCUGGAAAAUAGAUAGUGAUAUAUUUGACAGUACAUCUAAGUUCCAAUUUCACAAUACGUACAAAGGAAGGGACAUAGAUUGUGAUCUAACUUCGUUUGAUAGUUGCAUGUUAACGUGGAAAACUGAAGGUUGGCAUCUAACAGAUUCCAAAGAAACACCCAUGGGUCCAGUGUUUGAUCGUCAAUGGGAAGAUUUCAGAGAGUACGGUUAUUCUUAUACACCAGACAAUGUCCAUUCGAUUACUGAAUUUCAAAGUUCGGGAGCUCUUGUAUUUUCUCUCCGUGUUUGUAAUACGGACUUUACGAUACUACUAUGUCGCUCUGCAAAUUACGAGAAAGAUUUAUGUUAUAGGAUGUCUUUCCUAGACCUUGGAUUCAAAGUUAAUGUUAUACUAACGCGAUGUAUAAUGGGUCCGUUCAGCUGUAAUGAGCAAACAUAUCACAUAACGCAAGGUCCAAUAUGUUUCCAGGAUAAGUGGAAUACAUAUAUUCUUCAGUGGACUACAAAUGAUACAAAAAUUGCUAUAAACUUUUAUACUACGACAGAUGGGAACACCUAUCUACCAAAAUUAGUUAUGGAUUACCAUCAUGAUACUAAAAGGCGAGAGUCAGCUAUUUCCUAUCACUUAUUUUUAAUAAGUGAUAAAAAUUUGCAUUUUCGAUUUCACUUAUACAAUUUUCUCCAUACAACCGAUUCAAAAGCAAUUUUAACGAGUCCUACUUUACAUCUGGACACAGCGAAUCUUUGUAUAGAAAUGAUAGUUGGCCUGUGUGAGGAAUGUCAAAUGGAAAUAGCAUUAGUCAAAUCAUCUAACGAAAGUAACAAGGAAAGUUUAGAAACAACCGAUGGAUUUACUACAAAAGCUGAUAGCUAUAAAUUUCCCAUGUGGCAAUAUAUUCGAAUUAACAAGACUGUUUCUUCCGACAUUGGUAGACUUGUAAAACUUAAACUAAUACCAAAACUUAGGCAGAAAAGUCAGAGACCAUCGUGGGCUGUGAGAAAUGUUCGCAUGUGUCCUCCAGUAGACGCUAUACGAUAUAGUGUAAUCGAUAAUUUCGAAUCAAUCGUUUCCAACAAACUGUGUCAAAAACUGAUACCGUACACGCCGAACUCCUUGCUGGACAAGAAAGAUCUCGUAGAGAAUUUGCAUUGCCCCGAGGGCAGGGUGGGGCCCUAUUGUUCUAUAAGUUGCCAACAUCAUUUAAACGUCAGUGUGGACUGCAAAGGAAUUAAAAUUUGCAACGCAACGAGUUGUAAAUGUCCACCAGGAUUUAUGGGGAAGAAUUGCGAAGCUAAAUGUCCUAUCGGUCAACAUGGAUAUAAUUGCGAGGAAACCUGUGGUUUGUGUUCUACAAGCAAUUGUAGUUUUAUAACGGGACACUGUAAAUCUGGUUGCGAUAAUUCCAUACGAUAUCACGUGCCACCCUUUUGUAAAACAGCCGUGGAUUAUCCUCCACCACCUAACAUCGAAUUUGUCAAUGAAACAACCGUACGCGCGACUCUGCCAGUGCCAGAGAUAUACAAGUCGAUCAUUUCUAGAUAUCGAUUUGCUAUAUGGAAAGAGGGACAAACUUAUCCGAUUGGAAACUAUACCAAGAUAGUUAACGAUACAUCAACGAUGGUUGGCUACACCGAUGACUUAGAACCCGGCGUUUCUUACAGAAUUUCUUGUUCACUGUACGUUAACGAUGAUUCCACGCCUAUAACCGGUGGAUGGAAGAAUUUCACAACACAUUGCAUUUGGGCUCCCACAUUCGACAUAGAAAUAAGGAAUACUAGUUUCAUAUUAAAGAACCAUCGAGAAGAAACGCUGUAUCCUUGCCCAAAUAGUACACAGCAUUACGACUACCUAUUGACAAUAAAAAAUGGACUGAAACAAAUUGAUAAAGGAAAGCUACCCAAAUUGCCCUACGAAUUUACAAAACUGACACCUGAUACUAGUUACGAAAUUACAAUCUGGUAUAAGUUGGAGCUUCUUUUUGCACGAGUGAUUCAGACCUCUGACGGAGUACCGUCACAAGUAAGGAAUGUUAAAAAAACAUUGUUAUCAAACAAGGAAGUGGCACUGAAAUGGGACCCUCCUCUAUACGCAAAUGGGAUCAUAAGGAAAUACGAAGUUGUGUUACAGGUCCAAACAUACUUCGGCUGUGAAAAUUUGAAAAUUCCAUCGCUAAAAAAAGACACUGUUUCUGCCUCUACUACGUCCACCAAUAUUACGUUCUCUAAUCUGACUUCUUACGCGCGUUAUAUUGGAAAAAUAACAGCCUACACUUUUUAUCGUGGCCUAGAAACGCAAGUCGAAUUCUCUACGAAUCAGUCGGACACUCCGAGUGCAGUGUACAGCAAUUUAAGAUUUCAAAAUUAUACAUUGACGUGGGAUGCCCCGAUAGAUUGCACUACCAUUUCCGGCCCUAUCAUCGCAAAGAUUCUGGUCAUUGGUAUUAGCAAAGCGGUAUCGAGUUUCAGAACCACGGAGCAAACUGUGAAAUACUCCCUCAACUUGGAACAUACGUUAUAUGGUGGCGAAAUGUACGAAGCGCGAAUUUACGCUAUCAGAAAUUACACUGUAAAAUACAACGGAUUGCAUUAUGAGAAGCUUAUAUUUAUCACUCCACCGAAAGCUCCGCCGUCCGUAAAGCAAUUAGAAAUCUAUGAAAUCGACUGGAAAUCGAAGAACGUGCACUUGAGAUGGCUAGAGCCAGAACCACCGACUAAUGGAGAAAUACGACAUUACAUAGUAAGCAUUUGUCAUAAGAAUUGCGAGGUCAAAUUGGAGAUACUGCCAACGGAGUAUUGUAAACUGUGGGAUAAAUACAUCUGCGCAAUCAUCGAUCAGUCCCAUCAACCAGCUGAUUUCAUUACGGUUUCGGCUGUGAAUGUAAAUGUGUCAACUCCUAGCCCGUUAUCGUCCGUAUCGAUUAUGUGGAACGAGAUUAAGCCAGAAGCGCCGGAAAUUAUCGUCGAAGCUCUCGACAAAGGAGCGGUGAACCUAACCUGGUUCCACCCUUGGAAAGCAAAUGGGCGUAUCCAGAAAUUCGUGAUAAGCGCGGAAAUGACAUCGUCCGAUCUGAGAAUGCUAAUUGAACGAUCGCAAAAGAGCACGCUUUAUGAAUAUCAUAUCGUAGAAUAUCAAUUACAAUACAACAAGAAACUGCAUCUAUUGCCCUCGUCUACUUACAAAAUUUCCAUUCGAGCUGUUACGAAUACAGAGACGUAUGGUGAGAGAAAAGUGAUAGACGUGAAUACGUCUUUAGCCAUGCGAUUCGAGAGAGAGUUAACGAUGGAAGUGUCUAACGCAGACUCGACGAUCUUGUUGCACAUUCCUGCCGUUCUGAACGACACACGCUACAGUAUAACAAACGUUAUUGUAAAAGGUUCACAGGCUUGUCAAAGUUACGUAGAAUUGAGUCCAUAUAUACGUCAGAAAGCGGAUAUCAAACCUAACGAGAUCGCGUGGUAUGCCGCCAGGUUUUCUACCGACGAGUUUGCCAAUAAAGAAUUCACGAUAGGGGAUAACAAGUUUUACGAUAAUGUCACAAAUUGUCCACUAAAGCCACUCCAGUCCUACGUAAUAGUGGUUAUUGUAUUACCUGAAGAAGGAUGGACGAACGAUCAGAUUCUAGUCGCAAAAACAACGUCGAUUUAUAUCCGUGAAGUACCGAAGCGAUACGACGAGGCGUGGCUUAUUGCUAUCAUUGCGAUAUUUCUUGCCAUUGGGAUUUUAGAAAUCUUUCGAGUUUGUCGAAGAAGACGAAGGAGAUCUUUGAAGAAGCUUAUCGUACAAGAGAAAAUAUCCUUCGUACAAAAAACCGGAAAUCUCGAUAUAGAGUCAAUGUCGUUGGGCUCUAAGCAAUUUUCAACUAAUACGCUCGCUUCGAAUGCUAAACACUGUAUAUCGCGUGGAAGCACACCUUGCAGUGACGGCGACACGGUGCAUAUCAUCGACACUGAUCAGAAAGAAGAACAAAUGUCUCUGAUAAAGGUGGAGGACUUGGAGGAUUACGUAAGACGAGCGAUAGAUUCUGGAUUGCUCGAUAGACAAUUCGAUAUGCUUCCAAGAGGCCAAACGAGUCCGUCUGAGUACGGGAUGUUACCGCAGAACAAAUCGAAGAAUCGAUACGGAAAUCUCAUAGCAUACGAUGCAAAUCGGGUGAUACUGGAAAAACUUCCAGACGAUCCUUAUUCGGAUUAUAUUAACGCCACUUACAUCAAGGGCUGCAAAGAGAAGUUUUACAUAGCUACGCAAGGUCCAAAGCCGAACACGGUCAUCGAUUUCUGGAGAAUGAUCUGGCAAAAAGAAAGUUACAUAAUUUGCAUGGUUACGAACUUAUCCGAAGAAGGAAAGACAAAAUGCGAACAGUAUUGGCCUGACACUGGAAAAAGGAAAACGUACGGCGAUAUAACUGUUUUGAACGCCAGGCAGGAUGUGUUUGCACAUUUUACAUUUCGUACCUUGUACGUGACGUAUAAAGACGAAGCCCGUAAGAUCCAGCAUUUGCACUACACAACAUGGCCAGAUCAUGACAUACCGUUGUCCACACAUUCUAUGAUAACAUAUCUAAAGAAACUCUUGAUAACACCACCAGGAAAUGGACCAGUGGUGGUCCACUGCAGCGCAGGGGUCGGAAGAACUGGAAUUGUAAUUUUAUGCGACAUUUGCCUUCGUCGUGCGAUCGCAGAAGGGGCUGUAGACGUGUUCGCCGAAAUGAAAGCUCUCAGGUCUCAACGGCCCAAUAUGGUAAACAACAAGCAACAGUAUUUAUUUGCCCAUUUAGUACUCGUCGAAUGUCUACUUUGUUCUUCAACAUCUUUACCAUGCGACGAAUCUCUACCACUCAAAAUUAAAAAAGUUAAAGAACAACUGGUGACUCAACGAGACAGUUUAGAGAAAAUGGCUUGGCACGACAAAGUACUUCGAUCACCGGUCAAUGAAACGUUGCUAUCGGAACGCAAUCUUGCCAAAAGGAGAUUUCCAGAGUUACUUCCAGCGAAAGUCAACAGAGUGUAUUUAAAAAGAUAUCCACCGACAGAUGAGAACAGCGAUUACAUAUCCGCUGUUUAUGUGGACGGUGUAAGAUUACAGAAUCAGUAUAUAGCUACGCAACUACCAUUGCCUGGGACAUUUAGCGAUUUCUGGAGAAUGGUGGCCGAGUAUAAGGUGGAGCUAAUCGUCAUGUUACAAUCGCCAGAUUUGGAAGAUACGACGUGCUGUCCCAUUGUUAGAAACGGUGAAUUUAAACCAGUACCAUAUAUAAACAUUCGAACAAAGGAACUCGAUGAAUUUGAGCACUAUAUAUUGCAGAAGUUAACACUCGUCGAUAAUUCGGAGAAACCUGCUAUCGAACAAGAGAUAACAAUCUUAUGCUCCACGGAAUGGCAACCUGGCAGAAACCAAGACCCACCUGAAACCAUAGCGUUAGUGACAUUGUGGCAAGCAAUGCAAAAAAUGUUAAAAGGAGACGGACCUAUCGCUGUUCUUUGCCACGACGGCGUAACUGGCUGUGGGCUUUACCUAGCCUUAAGUUUCCUUUUGGAGAGAAUGACUAUAGAAAAGGAAUGCGACGUUUGUUUGGCAAUUCGCGCGAUUGAAACAUUGAACCCCGAUUUUAUCAAAUCUUCGGAACAUAUUAAAUAUCUGUACGAUGCAGCCACGGUAUAUUUAAAGUACUUGGAAACCAAUGUGAAGCGUGAAUAGCCUUACCAUUUAAUCGAACACAGUAGAUUCGAUUUGUUACAUAAAUCAACUCGAGUAACUUCUACAAGUCGUAACCGCUUUCCUAACAUGUGUAUCGUUCAAACUAUAAAUUACAUCAUUGUGUAAUUACUUAAUACUAAAAAGUCCUGUCUUUUAAUUUUCACAUUUUCACAUACUUUAGUGUCCAAGGCAAACGACUUUCGUUCUUACGAAUGCUAUCAUGAUACAUCAUAAUAUACAUCAGUAUCAAUGA